UCCAAAUGCGGGAAAUGUGUCAUCCAUUCAUUCUCUGACAGCAUGGCGGGGCCAGAAGAACAAUUUUCGGCGGUGCUUGCAAAUCUUAUGUCACCUGAUAAUGACAUAAGAUCACAUGCUGAGCAAGCAUACGAAGGCAUAGCACCCGCAAUUAAAGUUCAGUUCCUCAUCCAGACGAUAGGCAAUCAAGGACCUCCAGAGAGAACGCAGCUUGCUGCUGUCCUACUCCGACGUGUCUUCAAUACCAACUUUGACCAGUUAUGGCCCAACACCCCUCAGGAUGUCCAGGAAAUGAUCAAAACACAGCUGGUACAGAUCCUGCAGCAUAUCACAGAUGGCUCGUUGAGGCGGAAGGUCUGUGAUGCCAUCGCAGAACUUGCCCGCAAUCUCAUCGAUGAUGAUGGGAACCAACUGUGGCCGGAUAUCCUCCAGUUCUUAUUCCAAUGUAGCACAUCAAACAGCCCUGAGCUCAAGGAAAGCGCACUUCAUAUUUUCAAUAAUUUCCCAGGUAUUUUUGGCAACAAGCAAGAGUAUUACCUGGUCGUCAUCAAAGGCAUGUUGGCUCAAUGCCUUGAAAAACAAGAACAGCCGCAGGUUCGAGUUGUUGCUGCCAAGGCUACAAUAUCAUUCAUAGUCACAAAUGGAAAAGAGAAAGCCAUACAGAAACAUUUCAUGGAUCUUAUGCCAGGGGUUCUUGAUAUCGUGACCGAGAGCAUCAAGGGACAGGAAGAUGACACUCUUCUCAAAGCUUUCUUAGAGUUGGAGGAAAGUACGCCCAAGCUCCUCAGACCGUACAUGGACUCCAUCCUAAACCUUGCCGUUAGUAUCAUUCAGGAAAGCAACUUCCCCGACAGUUGGAGACAACUUGGUUUGGAGAUGGUAGUGACGUUGUCGGAAGCCGCAGCGGCGACUUUGAGGAGAUAUCCCAAGCAUAUAGAGAGUUGUGUUCCAUUGAUGCUGAACAUGAUGAUGGAUCUGGAGGAUGACCCCGACUGGGCAAACUCUGAUGAGAUCGACGACGAAGACAAUGACAGCAACGCCGUGGCAGGAGAAAGCGCCCUCGAUAGGUUCGCUUGUGGAAUUGGAGGGAAGACGAUACUCCCACAUAUUAUCAACGCCAUCCCAAAAAUGUUACAGCAAGCUGACUGGAAGUCAAGGCAUGCUGCACUUAUGGCUGUGUCAGCUGUUGGCGAAGGGUGUCACAAAGAAAUGGAAGCACUGUUGCAGUCGGUGUUAGACUCUGUACUGCCGUACUUACUUGAUGAGCAUCCGAGAGUUCGUUACGCAGCCUGCAAUGCGUUGGGUCAGAUGGCAACUGAUUUCGCUCCCACAUUUGAGUUGAAGUUCCACGAAAAGGUCAUUGGAGGACUUCUCCGAGCACUGGACGAUUACGGUCAUCCACGUGUUCAAGCCCACGCCGGUGCAGCGCUGGUCAACUUCAGCGAGGACUGUCCAAAGUCCAUCUUACAACCGUAUCUCCAGCCCAUCCUAGAAAAACUAGAAGCCAUCAUCGCUGUGAAAAUGCAGGAGCUUCUACAGAAAGGAACGAAGUUAGUCUUGGAACAAAUGGUGACCACACUAGCUGCGGUUGCUGACACGACAGAGGAGAACUUCACCCCGUUCUACGAUAAGUUCAUGCCCAGCCUCAAAUACAUCAUUCAGAAUGCUAACACAAAGGAGUAUAGGUUGCUGAGGGGAAAGACGAUCGAAUGCGUCAGUUUGAUUGGUUUGGCCGUCGGAACACAGAAGUUCAUGCAAGACGCCAACGAGGUGAUGGACCUCCUGUUACGAACCCAGACCGAUUCCAGCGAGCUCGAAGAUGAUGACCCGCAGACGUCGUACAUGAUCUCAGCAUGGGCCAGGAUGUGCAAACUCUUAGGACCUAGCUUUGCCAACUAUCUGCCAGUAGUCAUGAAACCCCUGCUAAAGACUGCAUCCCUCAAACCAGAAGUAGCCCUCCUUGAUUCCGAGGCUGCCAAGAACAUCAGUGAAGAAGAAGGAUGGCAGUUUGUUAAUCUAGGUGACCAGCAAAGUUUUGGCAUCAAGACGGCUGGCUUGGAAGAUAAGAGCACCGCCUGUCAGAUGUUGGUCUGUUACGCCAGGGAAUUGAAGGAAGCAUUUUCUGAUUACACGGAUCAGGUGGUGGAGAUCAUGGUCCCUCUCCUCAAGUUCUACUUUCAUGAUGUAGUGAGGUAUACUGCCUCGGAGUCGCUACCGCUUCUCCUGGAAUGUGCCAAGAUCAAAGGAGAGGACUACUUGGAUGCGAAGUGGGCAUACAUCUACCCAGAGUUACUCAAAGCAAUCCAGACAGAACCAGAGGUGGACAUCCUGCAACAGCAUAUGGAGUCUUUCAGUAAGUGUAUAGAGUUCUUGGGACAGAGAUCGUUGAAUCUCAAUCAGAUGCAGGAAGUUGGGACGACGUUGAAUGACAUGUUUGAACAGCACUUCAAGAGACAACAGGAGAGACAAGAACAAAGAAAAGAUGAAGACUAUGAUGACAUUGUAGAAGAAGGACUUCAAGAUGAGGACGAUGAUGAUGUCUACCUACUCAGUAAAAUCUCAGAUAUCUUACAUGCUGUAUUAGGCACAUAUGCUGACGUUGCCCUUCCGUUCUUUGAAAUGCUUAUGAAAAACAUCAUCAGAUUAUUGCCUCAGGACAAACCGUGGACAGACAGGCAGUGGGGUAUUUGUAUGUUUGAUGACCUCAUAGAAUUCUGCGGAUCGAUUGCGUGGCAGUAUAAGGAUUAUUUUCUUGCUUCGAUGCAAGAGAAUUUACAGGACAAGAGUCCUGAAGUCAGGCAGGCGGCAUCCUACGGGUUCGGGGUCAUGGCAAAGUGUGGAGGUGAACAGUUUGCGCAAGCUUGUGUAGAAGCUGUUCCGUUCCUCAGUUCAACCAUCAUGGCUGCCGGAGCGAGGGAGAAAGAGAACCUCAACGCCACGGAGAAUUCCAUCGCUGCGGUGACGAAGAUCAUCAAGUACCAUCAAGGCAGAUUGAACCUGAAUGAGUUAAUCCCACUCUGGUUCUCGUGGUUGCCAGUUACGGAAGACAAGGAAGAGGCCGGCCAUGUCUAUGACUUCCUCUGCGAUAUCGCUUGGACUGGAAACGAGGUCAUCAUGGGAAAAAACAAUCAGAAUUUACCAAACAUCUUGUCGGUCAUUGCGGAAGCCUUCGAUCGAGAAGCUCUCUCAGAAAACGAGGAGGUCUUCAGAAAGUGUUGCAGGUUCAUCAGGGAUGUGCAAAAUAACGGGGACAUAUGGGGACCGGCGUUUGCCGAGCUGAAUGAAGAGCACCAACGUGUAAUCACGGCAGCGCUUCAGAUGACGGCUUCAUAGAAGGCGCCAGAUGGGGUCCUUAUCUUCUUUUAUUUCACGGCUUCGUAGAGGGCGACAGACACAUCCCUAUCUUCUCUCGGUCUGUCAUCCAUGAGACUUAUCAACGAUCACAAAUUUAUCUUGGCAUUUUCUUCUGAUUUUGGUACAAAUGUACCAUUUUCCUUCUCAUUUGCAAAGCUUUCAUAACUUUCUCCUUCCUUUCUACAGUGGCUUUUGUAGGUUUUUCCAGGGUGUUACAAGCUUUUGUGAAGUAGAGAGAAUAAUGUGAUUUAUCUGAGAAUCAAAUAUAAUACUUCUAGUUUAUUGAUGAGCGAUCAUGAAUAAGGAUAUCAUAAGGUUAAGAAUUGAAUCGGUUGCAGAGUAUUGUUGACAUGAAGGUAAUCGUUUGGUUCCUAUUUCUAAAGAUCGCAAUAUUCAGUUUACAUUGGGUGAUGUGCUGACUUGAGGUUAUGGGGAAGGCCAGUGAUAUGCAGUCUGCAAAAUGAUGAUCUUUAAAGUGAUGUAACAUGAUUCCAUACUGUUUCAAUACUAUGAGUAGAUUCUUUCAUUAGCCACAAAGCAGCAACUUAUUUUGUCAUGUUUAACAGAUUAUUGGUUUUCUUGUGAUAUGAGGCAAGAGCACCGGUAUUAAAUUUGCAUCAAGCCAUCUACACUGAACAAAUAAUUACACUAUCAAAGUAUGAAAUUAUUUUAAUUUCACUCAUGUUGAAAUCGUUCGGGGAUUCUUUUCUGAUUCUCGUCUAUUCCUGUGAGUUUGGUAGUAAACUUUACAGAAUGAUAUGCCGAUGAAGGAUUUGUUUAGACUGCUUUCAUCAGGAAAUCAAAUAUUAAUGCAUGCUGGUUGAGUGAUGUGCAGUGAUGAGAUAGAAAUAGAGGAAGAUAUAUUCUGUUAUGGUUUGGGGAAACUGAGGGAUUGCGCGAGGCCUUAAACUUCUGUAAUUUUCAGGCAAAAGGCAACUGUUCAAAAGGCACAUUUUUGCAUUACAGCACAAAUGGGCAUGAAAAUAUGCAAGGCUUGUGAACGGCAGUGAGGAAUACGAGUAGGUCGUGGCUUUGAGUUAAAUCAAGCCCUGUGGUGUGGCACUUUGUUAGACAAAUAUUGAACAUGUUGAAUUGUGAAAUCUGAAAUCUCAGUGACAUUUCUUUCAUACAUGUUCAUGAUCAAACAUUUAUUUGCAUGAAUCAUAUCAGAAGUCUGAAAAUGUUUCAGACGAUAUAGCAUGGAGUGUUUUUUCCAUAGUAUAGUUGAAUUUAUAUAGGUAAGAAAUAUGAUACCCCCCCUUCCCCAGUUAUGUAAUUGACCAAGUCAGUACUACAGUUAGUCCUUUUCUUUUUCCCCUUCUUGAUUUGCUAUUUGGUUCUACCAUACAUGUUGAUGUAUGCAAUUUCACAAAUGAAUAAAGUGUUAUUUUAGCAUGACAAGUAUAUAAUUGUGAAUUGAAAUGAAUAAUACUGCAUGUGAAUGCAUGCUGUAUUAAGUGAAAAAGAUUGUUGGUUUGAAAUGAAUUUAUUAUUUGAAUCCCAUUUUUUUUUCAUUUGAAUGUUGAGGACCAUUUAUAAACAAUUCCAUAUCUGCUUUUUUUUUAGCUGAUAUAUUAUUUCAAAGAGCUGAAUUAUGAAUAUGUUUCUUGUUGUUCAUGUGAGUGUUGUGUUAAUCCAGAAUUCAUGUAUGUUAUGCAUAAUUACAUCUAGAAAAACAAAACAAAGACUGCCUUUUUGUUUGUUUUUUUCAGAUGAAGCACACAAUCUGAAAAGAAAACGACUCCAGAUGAUCAAAAUCAGUAAUACCCCAUAAUUUCAUUAGAAUGCAAUAUUAAAAAAAAAGGAGGAAGAAGCACAUAAUUUAAUAUAUUUGAACAAGAAAUUAAAAUAUGCAAGAACAUGGACAGAGUAAUCUUUGUUGGAUAUAGUACCACAAAACAAUGUUGAACAUAUUGCCCAUAUAGAUUAGAGAUGUUAAUCUAUAGCUUUGCAUCAUACGUUCAAAAGAAUUUGAAGAUUUGCUGAAUUCAUAACAUAGUGAUUUCAUGUUGUGAACUCGUAUUAUUAUCUAAAGCCGGUCUACCAUACUUCUUUUUAUCUGCAACUUAUUGUUAUGUCUCAGAUCCCGUCUCCGAAAAGAUUGUUUAGCUUUCUAGCACCCGUGACUGAACAAGCCAAGAGUCGUAGCGUUUCUUUCUCUUCGUAUUUGAAUCUUGGCAACUUAGAUCCCAUCAACUGAAAAGUUGUUCAACUUUCUUAUAUACAUGACAUAACAUGCCUAGAGUCAUAGAAUUUCUUCCUCUUUUUAUGCCAAUGUUGGCAGGUUUGGAUAUCAUUUCAUUAUUUGCUAUAGUACUAUUAACUUUUGCCAUGAUUUUAUGUAUUAGGAUGUUGUUUUGGCUUGGUUGUUUUUGUUAUCUUUCGCAAAGGUGUGUGAUUGCCGUCCCCCUGCUCUUUCAUAUGCCAUCCUAUAGUUGAUUACUAGUUCUGUUUCAGUGUUGUGUUCCAAUUCUUGAAAAUCUUCAUAAAAUUAGUCAUGCUGAAUUUCUGUAUAAAACUCCCAUUUCCCAUCAGUUAAUGUAUCCGACUUCCGAAGAUUUCAGCUGUAAAUUUCAUAAUUUGUUCUCCAUAAACUAAUGUUACCCUAUGGAGGCGAUGGUAUAUUUUUUGUGAAGAACUAUGACUUGUUUGUACAUUGUGUAAGUAUAGGUAUUCAAAAAUGAUAUUUUGAGGGAUGUAAAAAGUUUACAAUUUGUCACCAGCAAUUUGCUAGUAUUGUAGUUACGGCAAAUGUAAAUAAACACUUGAAAGAAAAUAAAUAUGUGCAACUUAUCGAAGAGAAUAGGGUAUGCAAAAUUUCUUUUGAAAUGUGAUUUAUUUUUGUAUAUUGUACAUGGAAAUACAUAUCGUAAGAUGUGAUUUAUAAUUCAGUUUGAGGCUAGAUAUUCCUGAAAUUAAGGUCCCCCCCCCUCAGUUUGAAUUCACACACUACAAAUCAGUUAUACAUGUACAUGUACCUUGAUUGCUUUGAGCAGUUACCUAAUAAUUGGCCUUUUUAGAAUUAACAUUUAUUACCCGGUACACACCCUUAAAAAACAUACUGUGUGACUGCUAUUCAAAAUGGCUCAUCAGCCAGCAGUGAAAAAAAGUCUUUAUGAAAAUUUCUAAUUAUAAGCUCAAAUUCAAGUUAUUCACGUGCAAGUCACAAAUUCUGGCAUAAGAGAUGACAAAAAAGAUGUUCAAAACAAAUUCAAUCAUGUCUGAACAAGUCUUUCAUGUCCACAAAUUACAUUUCAUGGGUAAUUCUUUCACACAGCCUCACACAAUUGCAUUUUUCAAUAAAUCAUGUGUUACUAUACAAUGUCUUUGUUCAAGUCUGUAAAGGUUAACAUGUAUAACUUGAAAUAAAUUUCUUAGUUUUAAUCAUGUAUUAUUUGUAUACUUUAAUAAUGGAGUCCAGUUACAAAACAUUUUUGGGGGAAGUAUUUGAGAAAUAAGUUUUGACACCAUCGAUCAGUAAAUAAACAUAAGGAAUAGUAUGGAAAGUGAACUAGAAACAUAAACAUGCAUCAUAAGUAUUUGAAAUUUCCUACCAUUCAAGAGGCCAGUUUUCUAAACCGAUUCCAAUUUGUGAAAAUUAGGCAUGCUUUCUAUCCUGGGAACCCAAUCCAGUUGCAUACAUGCACAUUAGUUGUUGCUAUGCCUUUCAAGCCUCUAGCAAGCUUUCAGGUUGUCAAGAACAAGCUUUGAGUAAAAACGCAUCCAUAACAUUCAUAAGGGUAAGUAUGAGUGGAGGGAGGAUUUCAUGAACCAUCUUGCCAGUGAUUUUCACUGUGAAAUUUGCUCCCAGCCAAUCAGAUUCAAGGAUUUCAGUGGCUUGUAACAAAUAUAGUCAGUGAAACUGAAAAUCACUUUCAUGAAAUGCUCCCUUCAUUUCUCCACCUAUUUUAGCUCACCGAUUCUCAUUUUUCAAGAACUGUUGAAAUUGUCUCGUCUGAUCUGGGCUCCGGAACACAAAGGUUUGCGAUGAAUAGCAAAUAUGAAAGAACACUUCUGAUUGGUUCCUCGUCAGUAUUUUGCGCCAAAUGCGCAUGUAACAUUGAUCUUUAUUGGUCAGUUCAUUUAGCGAUUGAUCGCUAAUCUUUGUGUUACGGAGCCCUGAAAGUGUACGCGUACCUGUAAACUGUUGCCGUUUUGAGUAUGACUUUAAAUAGUGAUUUUAUUCUUAUAAUUUCCGCUUUUAUCAUGUACCAAUCUGAAUUCACCCAAAUGCUCUUCCUCCCAAAAUACUUAGUUGUGCCUUUUUUAUUUCAUUUGUAAAUUUCAUGUAUAUUUCCUUUUGCAUAUAUUUAAUUUCCUAAAGAAUUGUUUUUUGCUUCUAUUUUUUUUCCUUAUUCAAUAGCAUAUUGCAAGGGUUAUUAUUAUAUUCUCAUAAACCUGUUACAUGUAUGUACAUUAUUCGACAUUUAAAUUAAAACAUAGGACCUAUUUUAAGGAUCCAUAUUUGCAUAUUUUAGAGAUCGUUUCAUUUCGAGUAUUAUGUUGUUUCUCUAGAAACCUCUUUCUAGUAUGUAAAACUCUGCAUCUUAGCAUUUUCUGCUUUGUUAGGAAGUGGGUAUGCCUAAAACAUUCGGAAUACUUUUUUAUGUAUGAUACAAUAAAGUGAUUUUAAUCUGAA